CUUCAAAAUUUCCUUAUCUCCCCCAUCCUUUCUCUACUACUCUUUAAUGAACUCCUAACUUCUCCACCUCUCUCUCAAAAUGGCCACUAACCCUCUUCAGUCCCUCCACCAUCCUCACCACCACCACCACCACCACCAACACAAGCUCCAACCUUUAGACUCCACUCCUAUCUCCUCCCUUUUCCUCAAACCCACCACCACUAAUCCUCCCUUCUCCCUCUCCCACUCCAUACACUCCUCCUCCUCCACUGCCACUUUUUCUAUCUCCCCCACAACAACUACCACCACUUCAACUUCCCAAACCUUUUCUUUAGACCUCCUCCAGCACCAUCUCUCCACCCAAAACUUCAGGCAAGCAGACGAGGAAACUCGCCGCCUUCUAAUAAUUCUUGCAGGCGAAGCAGCUCAGAAACGUGGUUAUGUCUUCUUCUCUGAAGUUCAAUUCAUUUCAGAGGAAGACCUUAAAGCGAUUGAUGAGCUAUGGAAGAAAUACAGUGACAAUAAGUUUGGUUACAGUAUUCAAAAGCAAAUAUGGCUAAAAAAGGCUGAUAAAGACUUCUCCAAGUUCUUCCUCAAAGUGGGUUGGAUGAAAAAGCUUGACACUGAAGUUGAGCAAUAUAAUUACAGAGCUUUCCCUAAUGAGUUUAUUUGGGAACUUAAUGAUGAUACUCCUCAAGGGCAUUUGCCAUUGACUAAUGCACUUAGAGGAACUCAGCUACUUAAUAGCAUUCUUAACCAUCCUGCCUUUGAUUGUGAAGAAGAAGGAGCAGAAGAAGAAGGUGGGAAAGAAGAUAAAAGAAAUGGAGAAGUCAAGGAAAUGAGACAGAAUUCAAAACCAUUAAGUAAGAAAUUCCUUAAACCAGAUUAUAGCUUUUGAAUGUUGAAUUGGAAAAUUCAGGUAUAUACCCAAUGUAGAGGAACAAAAAAUGGGAUUUGGGUUUUUAUUUGAUGUGUAUUAAAAUUAAUUAAGUUUUGUUGAUUAAUUGCAUCUUAUUUUUCUUUUUUUUUUUUAAUUUUUUAUGAUAUGAUAAUUCUGUCUUUUUUACUUUGGCUCUAAUGGAAAGUGGAGUGCAAAUUGGUAGUGUUAAAUGUUUAUUCAAUGAUAUGAUCAUUAUAGGAGAAAUCAAAGUGUUAUCUUUAAUAAAGCA